CAUUAAAAAGGAAACCGGCCGCAAGCCAGAAUGGCACUUUUAUACUGUUAAAAACAAAACUUCGUGAUUGUAAAUUAUAGUUAUUGGCUCUAUUUCUGAUUGUCAUUGUUAUUAUUUUGCAUGUUAUUAUUAACGUAGGUUUUUACUUAAAUUUAUGAACUAGUGAAGCCAUAAAUAGAAUGAAAUUAAUUAGUCAGGUUUACAUAACCUCAUUUUGGGUUUAAAAUGAGUUUCAGUUCAUGAAACAAAAUUUAAUUAAGUUAUUAAUAUCGUGACAAGUGCAUAGUAGUAAUAAUGCUGUGUUGGGGUAAUUCUGUCAAUGGGGAGUUGGGGUUAGGUGGCAUUGAAGAAGAGCAGAUAUUUUCCCCAAGGGAAUUAAAAUUUGUCAAAGCUACAGAAAUAAAGCAAGUGGCGUGCGGCUCCCACCACACGGCGCUGCUGACCAGCGGCGGCGAGCUGUACACGUGUGGCAACAACGACUACGGGCAGCUCGGCCACAACAAAGCCUGUAAGAAGCCAGAGCAUGUGAGCUCGCUGGAGGCCUACAGCAUCGCUGCGGUGGCGUGCGGCGGGGCGCACACCCUGGCCCUCAACGAGUGGGGCCAACUGUUCAGCUGGGGCUCCAACCACAGCGGCCAGCUCGGGGCAGGGAGCGGCGAGGUGUCGGACACCCCGAGGAUAGUGAAGACCAUCGCCUCGUGCUGCGUGGUGCAGGUGGCGUGCGGCCUCAACCACAGCCUGGCGCUGACCAACAAGGGCGAGCUGUUCGCCUGGGGCUGCAACAGGUACGGCCAGCUGGGCCUCAACUCCUCGUCCUCGGAGACGCGACCUCGGCUCGUCAAGGCCCUGGCCGGCGUGCCCCUGGCGCUGGUCGCUUGCGGGAGCAACCACAGCUUCGCCGUGUCGAAAUCAGGUGCCGUGUUCGGCUGGGGGAAGAACGAGUACGGUCAAGUUGGGACGGGCGACAACAGAAACAAACCAGUGCCUUUCUUGCUGAAUACUUUGCGCUCCUGCAGAGUGAAAUACGUAGCGUGCGGUGAAGACUUUUCCGUGUUCCUUACCAAAGACGGGGGCGUGUUCACGUGCGGUGCGGGCAUGUACGGCAAGCUGGGCCACGGGUCGUACAACAACGAGUUGCUGCCGAGGAAGAUCUCGGAGCUCAUGGGCAGCACCAUCACCCAGGUGGCCUGCGGCAGGCAUCACACCGUUGCGCUGAUGCCUUCUCAGGGUCGAGUGUAUGCAUUCGGCCUGGGCGGGGUGGGCCAGCUAGGCAGCCAGGGCACGGCGAGCUGCGCGACCCCGCGCGCGGUGCACGGGCCCUGGGUCUCCCCGUCCGCGCCGGCCGACGCUGACGCGCCGGUCGUCCGGAGGCUCUACGCCGGCGGCGACCAGUGCUUCGCCGCCGUCACCCGUCUCCAGGAGCGAGUGCCCCCGGAGGACUGCCGGCUGCACCCCCCGGGCUCCCAGGUCUGGUGCAUCUCGCUGGACAGCUUGCAGAAGUGCUGCGGCGUUCCCGUGGACACGCCCGUGGACCAGGACCUCUUGUCGUACCUGGAGACGGUGUUUGGCAGCCUGGCGUGCCUGAACUCCUCGUUCCUCCUGCCCGGCGACGAGCACUACUGCUGCAGCGGCGAGUGCCCGGGCGUGAGGAUCGCUGACGCCGAGCAGGCCUUCACCGCCAUCAGCCGCAUCGAGCACGACACCCUCAAGUCUGUGAUAAUGAACUGCAUCGUGCAGAGCAUACUGCCGAGCCUGGUGCCGUCGCCCCCGGACCACGAGGCCAUGCGGGCGUACCUCACCUUGCCCCUCUACCACGAGUUCGACAACGCCAGGCACUGCGAGCACUUGCAGAACCCCUUCGGUGCCGCUCUGCUGAACCUCAAGUCGGAGGCGGCCAAGAUAAUAGACUCCUGGUGGCGCAUUGUAGCGACAGACAACUUUGAACGUUUAAUCAGGAUCUACAAGGAUGUUCUCACACACAUGAUUCUGCAGGCGAAACCUUCAAACGGACGUGUGAACUCGGUCCACUUGGGGGCCAAGCUGCGCGUGCCGCUGGAGGUGCUGAAGCGCUUGAACCGCCACAACUACUCCGUGGACGGCCUCAGGGUGCCGUACGACCGCUUCUGCGUGCCGGAGCUGAUCAGCCUGGUGGAGAUAGAGAUCGACUACAUCAACUGGCUAAUGAACAACCAGCGUUUGCCUGGUACAAUAUUGUUCUGCGACUAUCCAUUCCUGUUUGAUGCGGAAACAAAAACUGUUAUACUGCGCACGGAUCAAUCAAUUCAGAGGAGCAAGGCCAUGAACGAGGCGGCGGCCAACGCGGUCCUGAGGCCCAUGUUCUUCAGCGCGCCGCCCGCGCGCGGCACGGAGAUAUUCUGCGAGCUGUACGUGGACAGGAGCAACAUCGUGCAGGACGCGGUGCGGGAGCUCCUGAAGCACGACACCAGCGACCUGAAGAAGCCCCUGAAGGUCCACUUCCUGGGCGAGGAGGCAGACGACGCUGGCGGCGUCACCAAGGAGUUCUUCCUGCUGCUGCUGCGGGAGAUCCUGGACCCCAAGUACGGCAUGUUCUGCUCCUACGAGGAGCAGCGCACCAUCUGGUUCAACGAGUUCUCCUUCGAGGACCAAGUCAUGUACUGCCUCGUCGGGCUGGUGUGCGGGCUGACCAUCUACAACUUCACCAUCAUUGACCUGCCGUUCCCGCUCGCCCUGUACAAGAAGCUGCUGGACUUCCCCGUGGGACUGCGGGACCUGCAGGGGCUGUCCCCGGCGCUCGCCAAGAGCCUGCAGGACGUGCUGGACUACGAGGGCGACGACCUCGAGGACGUGUUCUGCCUGACGUUCCAAGUGAACCGGGAAGUGUUCGGCGAAGUGAGGAGCAUCCCCCUGAAGCCGGGCGGCGGCGACAUCCCGGUCACGCAGCAGAACAAGCAGGAGUUCGUGGACCUGUACGUGGACCGCCUGCUGAACAGCGGCGUGGAGGUGCAGUUCUCGGCCUUCAAGGACGGCUUCCUGAAGGUGUGCGGCAGCCGCGUGCUCAACCUGUUCCACCCGCGCGAGCUCAUGGCCGUCGUUGUGGGGAAUGAGAACUACGACUGGGUGGAGUUCGAGAGGAACGCAGAGUACCGUGGGGGGUACUCAGCCAGCGACCCCACCAUCAUCAUGUUCUGGAAUGUGUUCCACCAGCUGUCCCUCGAGGACAAGAAGAAGUUCCUGCUCUUCCUCACGGGGAGCGACCGUGUGCCCAUCCAGGGCAUGAAGGAGCUCAAGAUCUACAUCCAGCCGACGACGGACGACCGCUGCCUCCCCGUGGCACACACCUGCUUCAACCUGCUCGACCUGCCGCGCUACAAGACGCAGGAGAAGCUGCGCUACAAGCUGCUGCAGGCCAUUCAGCAGACAGAAGGCUUCUCCCUCGUGUAGCUUGUGCUUGUGGCCGGACCACACGCACACACACACGCAUCCAUUAUGAGUUUAUUAUCCACAAAGUAUCGUUAGUUCACAGUGUAUCACCGAGGCCACUUCAGCUUGUAUAAGUUCUGGCUUUUAACAGGGGAAAAAAAAAAAAUAUCAUGAACUAAUUUUUUGAAAAUAUUAAGAAAUACGAUGGAUGAUCCCUUGGAUUUACCCCAAUGGUUCAAAAUAAGUGAUAAUUGUUUUGGUUUUUUUUUUUUAAUCUUAUAUUUAUUUCAUCUUAAAAGAAAAGGGUUUAUAAUCCAGAGAAUGUUACAUUUUAGUCAACUCUGGCACUAUUGAUAAAUCAAAGGGGGUAAUAAUUUGUUGCUGUAUUUUUUAGAAUAAAUAUUAUUUUCGAAA